GGACCGUGCUUGACCAGAACAACGCCGACAUUACGGACAGCUGUUCUCACUACUGCUGCCAUGGAACCACUCAAAAAGCUGCACUGUGUUUAUGCAAGUCAGUCAACUGUGCCAUUUCAUCCUGUUUAGCAAGUAAUUAUUAAUUAGUCUGCCCUGUCCCAUUGAAUUCAAACACAUUGAAGUGGUGGCGUAAACUCGCUGCCCAUGCCCCAGUGCCCUCACACUUUUAAUCCUGUCUUAAAAAUUCACCCAGUGACACCCAGAACCUUCCCCCCUUGUGCCCUCACCCACUCUUCUGAAAAACCCUUCAUAAACCCAAAGCAAAAGCAUCCCCCCUCAUCUCUUCUGGGAAAUUCAAAAAAUGGCUUCUUUUCUUCUCCGACUCUUUCUCCUUCUCUUCACCAGCUUAAUCUCUUUACCUUACUCUUCUCCACAUGAACAGCAGCAGCAGCAGCAGCAGCAGCUCUUCUUCCCUCUAUCGCACUCCCUCGCCAACUCCCACAACACUAGUGUCCACCACCUACUUAAGUUAUCCGCCCACCGCUCCAACAGCCGUGUCCAGCGCCACCGUCGGCCACGACAGGUGUCACUCCCUCUUACUUCCGGCAGUGACUACACUCUAUCCUUAUCCCUUCCACCGAGCCCUGCCGUGCCACUGUACAUGGACACAGGCAGUGACCUUGUGUGGCUCCCCUGUGCCCCUUUCGAAUGCAUCCUCUGUGAAAACAAACCCAAACCCACAACUCCUCCCGUGUCCCUACCUCCUUCUUCUCGGCCCGUCCCCUGCCACUCCCAUCUCUGCUCCGCCGCUCACUCCUCUCUCCCCUCCUCUGACCUCUGCGCCAUCGCCUCCUGCCCUCUCGACUCCAUCGAGACUUCCUCUUGCUCCUCCUCUCCCUGUCCCCGCUUCUACUACGCUUAUGGCGAUGGCAGCCUCAUCGCCUCUCUUCACCAUGCCCACGUUUCUCUCUCAUCUCUCCUCCUUCCCAACUUCACUUUCGCCUGCGCCCACUCCACUCUCGCUGAGCCCGUUGGCGUCGCUGGCUUUGGCCGCGGUCCUUUAUCUCUCCCCGCUCAACUCGCCACUCUCCAUCCUUCUUUAGCAUCUCGCUUCUCCUACUGCCUCGUCUCUCACUCCUUCCGACCUGAUCGUCUCCUCCACCCCAGCCCACUCAUCCUUGGUCGCUCUUCUUCUCCCGACACCUCCUCUCUCUCCUCCUCUUCUUCUUCUUCUUUUGUCUUCGCACCUUUGCUCCACAACCCAAAGCACCCUUACCUCUACUCUCUCGCCUUGGAUUCCAUCUCCAUUGGCCGCUCCACUAUAAAAUCACCAUCCAGUUUAACAUCCAUUGAUCAUAGAGGCAACGGCGGCAUGGCUGUUGACUCCGGAACGACAUUCACCAUGCUCCCUACCUCGAUGUAUUCCAGCCUCACCGACGAGUUCCAACGCCAGAUGACCGCGAACGGGUUCGCCCGCGCGCCGGAAGUCGAGGCGGAGACCGGGCUGGGCCCAUGUUACCACUACCACGGGGGAAACGAGACCAAGCGAGUGCCGUUGAUGGAACUCCACUUCGCGGGCAACGCCAAGGUGGCACUCCCGACGAGGAACUAUUUCAUGGGGUGGCAGCGGGAGCUGAAAGGUGUGGGUUGCCUGAUGGUAAUGGACGGUGGGGAUGAGUCCGAGGGUGGCCCCGCUGGGACACUUGGCAACUUCCAGCAGCAAGGGAUGGAGGUUGUUUACGAUCUCGAGGACCGCCGCAUCGGCUUCGCCCGCCGCCACUGCGCCGCCUUGUGGGACUCGCUCUCACGCGGCGGCUGAUGCCGAUUUGUCCACGUGUUUGUGUUGACUUUGGUCGUGAUGUCGGGACCACACGUGCGGGCAGCCGAGGUUGUGAAUACUACUAGUAUGGGAAUAUGGGAAUAUGGCAUGGAUGAUGUUGUUCACCAUGUAAUUACAACGAGUUCAAGGGGGUCUGUGUCUAAAAAGUGAAAUAAACCACACAAAGAAAAUGUAAAAAAUAUAUAUAUAUAUAUAUAUAUUGCGAAGGAAUACCUUUUUGCAAUACAAUGAUGAAAACAAUGAAUUUAAAUUUGCAAAUAAUGGUUGUGCUGCUGCUGCUAGCCUGCUAUUGAGGAGACAAGAUGAGAUAAGGAGACCAGCUUGGCCUGAUCGGUAAUAGUGUAAUUUUAGUUGAGUGAGUGAACACGGGCCUUGGUCCACUCUUCAAUUAAUCGCUGGACAAAAACCUGUAUUUAUUUAUCCCAAAAAAAAAA